AAAAAUUAAGAUUGAUAGUGUGAUUAGAAAGGAAUGGAGGGAAGAUUUGUUUAAUUUUGCUAAUAUUAUUUUUAAUUCGUUGCGAAUUCAAAAUGAUGAUACCAUUUUCCCUCCUUUUCCGAAGGUUUAUUCAAAACCCGAGUAUCUAGGGUUUCAAUACUCUUCUACUGUAUACAGCUCUCCACGUCUUUCGCCAUUCUUCUUCACUACCAAAUCCUCUUUCACUGCUCCAAAAACCCACCUCUCAGAUACAACUUCCAUUUCAUUCUGUUAUUUCAAAAUGAAUGAAAGCCGAUCGCAGCUCCUUCUACUUCCAAACCAGCUUGACCCUUAUGGGUUAAUGCUUUCAGAAUCAAUCGAACGGUUUUUCGAUGAAUAUCGAAAAGGGGUUACUGAUUUCUCUAGUUUCAUUCCCAUUUUCUCUCGUUUGCUCAGAAAUUUGCCCGACCCACCGGUGGCCGUUGUCUGGUUUUACUCUGCUUUGACGUUUCACACCGCUAAAUCCGCAGCUAGAGGUUCUUCGGAGAAGCUGCUGGCAGUUAAGGAUUUAUUCCAACUUCUUGUUUCUUGCACGGCGUCGUCCUGUGCCUCGAAAAGAAUCGCGGUGCUGGCCCCGGUUGUUUACUGUCUGUUUGAUUUAGUUGUCGAGAAGAAAACGUCCAAGGAAGAGGCUGAGAAUUUGAUCGACGGGGUUGUUAGUUAUAUCAGUAUUUGCUGUGGUCAAGAGUCCGAGGAGGACGGUUGUUCCUUGGGGUUUGGUCCUUAUUUUCUGGAUUUGGCCCGUGUCUGGAUGGUGGACAAACCUGGAGAAGAUUUGAAGGGGUUUCUCCCUCUUGUUAGCCAUGAAAUUUGUCAAGGUAUCAGUAUCAACGGUGGGGUGGGCUACUUUGCUGGGAUCGUUAUGUUUGAAGCCUUUUUGUUUAGGCUGUGCUUGAAAUUUUCCUCUCGGAUGUCAAUGGUAGAACUGCAAAAUGAACUCCACAGCCGGGCGGUCCAAAUGAUUGCUGGGUUUCGUAGCUGUCACUUCUAUGAUAUUUUCCUCAGGAUGCUGCUGCAGUCAGUUUUGCCAACUACCUAUUUGUUGGGUUCUGCAGAUGAAGUUCUUCUGCGAGAAGUAUUAUAUGAUGCUGCGAUGAUACCAGAGUACCCAUUCCUUAAACUUCAAUUUGGAACUGAACGACCUGUUGCCGAUUUAAGAACUAUUUGUUUGAAUUGGUUAUUUGUUGCUGAUAAUGGUAUUCGAUCCUUUAGAGACACUGGAAAUCUGACUAAGGCUAUGUCCUACAUAAAUGCCUUCCGCAAUUCUUGUUGGCCCUCUCAGUUGAUCAAUUGGAUCAGAAACCAGCCAGGCUUCAGCGAGAGGAUGAGUCAACCAAACAUCUCCACACCCACGGCUCUUAUUGAAUGGCUUCUGGUAUUAGAAGAUCAAGGGGUGAGAGUGUUCGACCAUUUGAACUCCAAGCUCAGAGCCAGAGAAAUCAUUUGCAAGUCAGGAGCUGAGUUUCUACAACCAGCAAAAAUUUCAGAUGGCAAGAACCUAGAUGUUAAUUUCUUUAACAAUGCCACAAAUGUGAUGGAUGAGGAUGCCUCUGUUGGUGACUUUGACAUGGUUGAUUCAAUGGCUACAGCAGCAGUACAAGCAACAUCCAUCACCUUAAAUGGAAAUGGGUUUGAAAAUGGAAGAAAAAGGAAGGAAUGCAUGAAUGACAAAGGGGACAUGAGGGUAAAGUUCCUUAGGCAACAUCUCCAUGACAAUCCACUCAGAGAGAAAUCUUUGCCACUGGUUUGAUUUAGGAAUCCAUCCCUUCACUGACGCUACCCUGAAGUUAUAUAUAUAAUAUAUAAAAUAGACAUUGUCUGUAACAAAAUCUAUUAUACUAUGGAGGAAUUUUGUGCCUGCUCUCUGCAGCCAGCCUCUCGGCUUUUUACAUUUUCAUUUUGUCAGGCAAUACGGUCUUGAGUUUAGAUUCGUCAAAUCGAUUGUGUAAACUUUUACAUAUAGAUUUGAUCAGAUGAUAUCCAAGGCAAGGCCAGUAGGUAGGUUGUAAACGAUGGAAGAUUUGCCAUUAUACAUAUGGUGUUGAAGAA